AGGUGAAACAUUGUGCCUCUCCAGCAUAUAAAUGGAGCCUUCUACCCUCUAGUGCAGCAGCGAGACACUUUAGUAAGUUUCUCCCCGACGAACGUGCAACACUUCUCAAGGUCACAACUCGCCUGCAGCACAGAUCCUCACCAAAGCAGCAUCACGCUCAUUUGUCACUUACCAUCCAGUUCAACAUGGCAACUCGAUGGGGACUUUGCGGAGCGGGGAAGAUAAGCCAUGACUUCAGCGUGGCCAUGAAGACUCUGCCGGCUGAAGAUCAUCAGAUAGCAGCCAUUGCAUCAAGGAGCAGGGAGCGUGCUAAAGAGUUCGCCAAGAAUCAUAGUAUUCCUAAAGUUUAUGGAAGUUAUGAGGAGCUGGCCCGAGACCCAAAUAUCGAUGUUGUCUACCUUGGAGUGCUGCACACGGAGCACUGGCGCGUUGGCCUGCUGUUCCUCAAGGCUGGGAAGAAUGUCUUGUGUGAAAAACCCUUUGCAAUGAACUCUAGGCAGGUCAAAGACCUGGUCGAGGCUGCCAAGAAAAACAACGUGUUCCUCAUGGAGGCGAUCUGGUCCCGCUGUUUUCCAGUAUACUUGGCAGGAGUUGAUGAGUCUGCGGUUGUGGUGAUGAAAUUCUCCCGGAACAGGAUGGCCCUUUGUGCCUUUUCAAUAGCUGCUCGCUUUCAAAAUGAUGCUGUUAUCAGUGGCACCAAGGGCUCUAUUAAGGUGCUUGGGCCCAUGCACUGCCCUACAACGCUGGUGGUGAAUGACAAGAAGACAGAGUACCCGCUGCCUGAACCUUGCCUUCCUCUGAACUUCACCAACAGCACUGGGCUUCGCUAUGAGGCAGAGGAAGUGAGGCAGUGCCUGUUAAAAGGACUUAAGGAGAGCCCACGGAUGCCUCUGGCUGACUCCAUCCUACUGACAGAGAUCAUGGAUGAAAUCAGGAAACAGGUGGGAGUUGUCUUCAACCAGGACAAACAGUGACAUCAGUCCAGAGAAGCGAAGUUUACCUCCCCCUCCAGUAAACCUGCUCAGCUGGGACAGAGGAAGUUGCUGGAGGCAGGGUUUGGGCUCUUAGAAUAAGCAGAUCUCACGUAAGCCCAAACACAGUAAUUGUGGUGGGGAUUUACCACCAAAGCCACUAUCAAUAGAGCAUAAAAUCAUGCAAACUGUUUGUUGAUCAUUUGGUUGCAUCCGGAUUGUCAUAAAUAUUGUUGUGUAAUGAGCAUAGUGGAACAGUGGUUGAUUUAGUAAAACACAGAUAAAAGCACAUGUUUAAUCAGAGGAAUUCCUUUGUUAACCGAUAGAUCAACUGUAUUGUGCUCCAGCAUUCUUUAAUACAUUUUUAUUCUUAUCCUUAACAUAUAAACAGAGCUUUUACUGUAAGGUGUGUGAUUUAUGAAUCCAAUAAAGAACUGAUUACCAAG